AUGAAAGGCUUAGCCAGGACAGUGACAUCUUCCUCCAAGGGAGCAGCGAGCAAAGUGAGGAUGGAUGCUGGAUGGGCCGGACUGCUCGUCACCCUCCUCCUACUCCUCUCUGUCCUGUGGUUCCUGGUCUGGAAGAACAACACGAAGACGAGCCAGCUGCCUCCUGGCCCAGCGCCGUGGCCCAUCCUGGGCAAUCUGUGGCAGAAAGAUGUCUUGCCCCUCUACAGGCAUUAUGAGAAGCUCAGCUGCACCUAUGGCCCCAUCUUCACUGUGUGGCUGGGGCUGAAACCGGUGGUGGUGCUCUGUGGAUACAAGACGGUGAAGGAUGCCCUUGUGGGACACUCUGAGGAGUUUGGGGGCAGGCCUGAGAUCCCCCUCCUGAAGCAGCUCUCCAAAGACUACGGAUUUGUCUCCAACAAUGAGAAGAAGUGGCGGGAGCUGCGGAGGUUCACACUCAGCACCCUGCGGGACUUUGGGAUGGGGAAGAGCUCCAUGUCCGAGAAGGUGCAGCAGGAGGCUCAGCACCUGGUGGAGCUGCUGGCAGAGCUCAAAGGCAAUGCCUUUGAGCCGAUGACCAUGUUCAGACAUGCAGUGUCCAACGUGAUCUGCUCCGUGGUCUUCGGGAGCCGUUACAGCUACACUGACUCGGCUUUCCUGGAACUGCUCAACGCCAUCGGGAACUACAUCAGCUUCUUCCUGUCCCCCAUUGCCAAGGUGUACAACACCUUUCCCAACAUCAUGAACCGGCUCCCGGGGCCGCACAGGAAGGUCCUGGCUGACUGCCAGAAGCUGAAAGACCACAUCCAGGAGAAGGUGAAGUUCCACCUGCUGACUCUGGACUCCAGCUGCCCCCGGGACUACAUUGACUGUUUCCUGAUAAGAGCAGAGAAGGAGAAGGGCAGCCCAGAGACCAUGUACAGCCACGAAGACCUGAUCAUGUCAGUGUUUAACCUCUUUGGCGCCGGGACGGUGACAACCAGCAACACCCUGGUGUUCUUCCUGCUGAUGCUGGCAAAGCACCCCCACAUCCAAGCCAAGGUCCAGGAGGAGAUCGAUGCUGUGGUGGGCACUGGCCGUGCCCCCAGCACAGAGGACAAGCUGCAGAUGCCCUACACCAACGCCGUGAUCCACGAGCUGCAGCGCUUCCACAAGACCCGCAUCGAGAACUUCCCACGCAUGACGACGCAGGAUGUCCUGUUCAGGGGCUACACCAUUCCCAAGGGCACUCCUGUUAUUCCGGUAAUUUCUUCUGUGCAUUCGGAUCCAACCCAGUGGGAGAACCCCAAAGAAGUGGACCCCACACAUUUCUUGGAUGAGAAGGGCGAGUUCAGGAAGCGUGAUGCCUUCAUGGCAUUCUCAGCAGGGAAGCGGAUGUGCCCGGGGGAGGCUCUGGCCCGCAUCGAGCUCUUCCUGUUCCUCACCACGCUGCUGCAGAGCUUCACCUUCCAGCUGGUCACUGAGCACAAGGAGCUGGAUUUGUUCUCCCUAUGGCUUGAGAUUGAGAGGAGGGCAAUCCCGGGCAAGUUCUUGGCUAUCCCACGCUCAGUGUCCUCCUAA